AUGAUAUCUGAAGCUUUGCUGCUGAUUGAGAAGAAGCAAAUUCAAAGGUUUACUGUUGCUGCUGCUGCUGCUGCUGCUGCUGCUGCUGCUGCUGCUGGUGGCAGUGCUGCUGCUGCGGGGGUGUGCAGCAGCUGCAGCAGCUGCAGCAGCAGCAGUGCCGGGAACAGCAGCAGCACCACCUGUAAAUGCAGUAGCAGCAGCAGCCACAAUGGCAGCAGCAGCUCCAGCAGCAGCAGCAGCAGCAACAGCAGCAGCAGCAGCAGCAACAGCAGCAGCAGCAACAGCAGCAGCAGCAGCAACAACAGCUUCUGUUUGGUUUCCCACAGCCACCUGAUGGCCCCCAGCAGCAGCAGAAGGGCCCGAGAUGUCAGCGAAGCAACAGCUUACAAUCAUGCCGUACUCAAGCAGCAGCAGCAGCAGCAGCAGCAGCAACAGCAGCAACAGCAGCAGCAGCAGCAGCAGCAGCAACUGCAGCAGCAACUGCAGCAGCAGGGGGAGGGCGAUGCAGCUCGAGACGCAGCAGGAGCCUGUUGCCUAGAAGCAGACGGCCAGCCGCAGCAGCAGCAACAGCAACAGCAGCAGCAGCAGCAGCAGCAGCUGCUGCAGCAGCAGCUGCAGCAGCAGCAGCAGCAGCAAAUUGUCUUAUCGGGGAGGUCGAACCGCUUUCUUGUGCUUCCUCGCUUUUGCUCAUGCCCGUUUUUUCAACACCGGGUUCUGGAGGCUGGCGAUGCCUUCACGCUGCUGCUGCAGCAGCAAAUCUUUUUGGAACUUUUCCACUUCUUGUCCCAUUUGUUCUUUGAACUGCAGCAGCAGCAGCCCCAGUUCCUCCGCCUCGAGGGGUUUGGGGUUUGCGCGCCAGGGUUUGGCGCUUCCGCAUUAGGGUUUAGGGUUUCGGCGUUAGGGCCCGUCGCUUUGGGGGCCCUGGGCCCCCCGUCUUUAAGAAAGAAAGAAGCUUCCUGUGGCUUCAUUGCAGCAGCAGCAGCAGCAGCAGCAGCAGCAGCAGCAGCAGUAGCAGCAGCAGUAGCAGCAGCAGCAGCAGCAGCAGUAGCAGCAGCAGUAGCAGCAGCAGCAGCAGCAGCAGCAGCACUAGCGGCAACAGCUGCCUGA